UAAAUUGGAGCUAACAGUGUCAAGCGCUCGGGUUUCAAAUUCGAACGAGUUUCGACUCGGUUGGUCUUGGUUUUAAAACUAUUACUCUUAGGCCGAAAGAGGGAGGAAGGAAGGGAGCGAAAACGCUGCAGCAAUGAGAGAAGAGGUCAUUAGCUCUGGUGGGACCAUAGAUCCCACUCCUGCUGCGAGUUCUGCUGGGGCAUCCUCACCUGCUGUUCCAACAAAUGUUGGCAGUGUGGAUUGGUCUGGUCAUGGUCAAAAUUCCAAAGCUGCUUCUCAAUCUUGUGUUGGAUCCCAAGCUCCACGGAUUUCAUUCAGUACUAGUGCUGGUGGAUCUGCCCUUGGAUCAUCUAGAACUUCAUGUCGACCAUGGGAAAGAGGGGAUCUUCUCAGGCGUUUGGCUACAUUUAAGCCUAUGAAUUGGUUUGGGAAGCCUAAGGUUGCAAGUUCAUUGGCUUGUGCUCAAAGAGGUUGGGUAAAUAUAGAUGUUGAUAAAAUUGUAUGUGAAACAUGUGGGGCAUGCCUGCAUUUCGCAUCCUCCCCAUCGUGGCCUACUUCUGAAGUUGAGGAUGCUGGUGAGGCCUUUUCCAAGCAGCUGGAUAUUGGGCACAAAGUUUCUUGUCCUUGGAGAGGAAACAGCUGUCCAGAAAGCUUGGUCCAAUUCCCUCCAACGCCCCAGUCUGCCCUAAUUGCAGGAUACAAGGAUAGAUGUGAUGGACUUGUGCAGUUUCAGUCUCUUCCUAUAAUUGCUACAUCUGCAAUGGAUCAUAUGCGAGUUUCUCGGGGUCCACAGGUUGAUCGCCUUCUCUCUCUGUUGCAGAAUUAUGUGUCAGAGUUUGAAUCCAGAUCAGAGAGUGUACCAGAACUUGAUGUUACUCGAGAUGGUGCAUUUUGUCUGUAUUCUCGUUCACAAAAGCUCAUAAGUUUGUGCGGAUGGGAACCGAGAUGGCUUCUAAAUGUUCAAGACUGUGAAGAACAUUCUGCUCAAUCAGCUAGAAAUGGAUGUUCUUUUGGCCCUAACAGAGCACAGGUUCAUCUUUCACAGGAUCCUGGAACAAACAAAACUGCUCUUGCUCCUUCAGCCAAGGACACUGGAAAAAAUAAAGUGUUAGUCAUGGAGUCACGACCUUCAUUCAGGGUGCCUUUGUUAGACUGUAGCUUAUGUGGUGCUACUGUCAGGAUAUUGGAUUUUUUAACUGUUCCUCGACCUGCUCGUGUUGCUCCCAACAACAUUGAUAUCCCUGACACAAGCAAGAAAAUGGGGUUGACACGUGGAUUAAGUGCAGCCAGUGGAAUUAGUGGUUGGGUUGCUGCUGAUGAUCCAGAGAAAGAACCGACUGAAGACCGUGAUGAAGUAGGAACGACGGAUGAGAGAAAAUUGGUGCCAAAAACAGAUGUUGAUUUGAAUCUUACAAUGGCUGGGGGUCUGUCUUUCUAUAAGUUGGGUAGAGCCACAUCAUCCAGAAAUAUGAAUGAUGCAGACAUGGGUCGGGAUCUAAUGAUUGGGCAACCAUCAGGUAGUGAGGUUGGUGAUAGAGCUGCUUCUUAUGAAUCACGGGGCCCUAGUCCUCGCAAGCGAAGCUUGGAAAUAGGUGCCAGUUCAGAUGAUAGGCCACAGUUAUGCACACAACAGGCUGAUAGUGUUGAAGAAACUGUGAUUGAUCGUGAUGGUGACAAAUUCAAUGAUUGCAGACAAUAUUCUGCUGGCCCUUCCAAACGUGCCCGUGAUUCAGAUUUUUUUGAUACUUACUGCUCACCAUAUCCAAGAGAUUCCUCUGAGGCAGGCCCAAGCCAUUCGGUGGGUUUUGAAACUCAUGGAGAUGGUGGCAAUAGAGUUGCUCUGUUUAGGCAAGGAAGUAACCAGGUUAUUGAAAUCCCGUCAGUGAGAGAUUCAAUGCGUGCGUCCUCUGUCAUUGCUAUGGAUACUUUGUGUCACAGUGCAGGUGGUGACUCUAUGGAAAGUGUUGAGAAUUAUCGCGGAGAUGUUGACGAUAUUCAUUUUCCCUCAUCUAGUACAUAUGGCCACCUUGACAUGAAUGAAACAUCAGAGUUGAAUUAUAGUAAUCAAGCUCAGCAGAGUAUUUGUUUCCAACCAGCUGCAGAGGAAGUUCCAGGUGAAAUGGGCAUCAGCAGUACAAAUGACGGGGAGGAAAUAUUCAAUGCUGAACCUGAAACUGUGACAGCUCAAGCUAGGGAUGGGCUUAGUUUUGGAAUUAGUGGGGGGAGUGUUGGUAUGUGUGCCAGCCAUGAAGCUGAAAUUCAUGGAGCAGAUGUGUCUGUGCAUAGAACAGAUAGUGUAGUUGGUGAUGUGGAACCCAGAAUAGAAGAUGUUGAAAAUCAGGGUCAAACUGGUGAAUCUGCUCCAGAUCCUGGGUUGAUGGAUGAAGUUGUCCCUGGUGAAAUAAAUAGGGAGGAUCCUCAUGGUGACAGCCAGGAAAUGUUGUCACGCUCCUUGGGGCGGGCUGACAGUGGUUCAAAAGUUGAUGGUUCUGUCAAAGCAGAGUCUGUUGAAAGUGGUGAGAAGAUAAGCCAAAGCUGCAAACUAGCCCCAGAUAACAGUGCUCAUCCUUCUCUGUCCUGCAAUGCUAAUAUGUAUUCUGGUAAUGAAACACCCAAGAAAGAGAAAAAAGAUGCUGGAAAAUCAUCUUCCAUAAACAACUGUCCUGAGCCAGAGUCAGAUUUUGCUGUUGCAAAUGGAAUAGGUCCCCCAAAAGGAGAAAGCAAUUAUGAAGAAGCUGUAGAAUUUGAUCCAAUUAUUCAUCACAACCAAUUCUGCCCCUGGGUGAAUGGAACUGUUGCUGCUGCUGGCUGUAGUGGCUCCAGUGCUGAUGUUGUUGCACUCUGUGGAUGGCAGUUGACAUUGGAUGCCUUGGAUGCCCUGCGGUCACAGGGGCAUAUGCCUGUACAGACAGUACAGUCUGAGUCAGCAGCAUCGCUGUAUAAGGAUGAUCACCAAACUCCUGGUAAAAAGCUCCAUCGACGGCGUCCUAUGAGCAAAAAUCACGGGCAAUAAUGAUGGCCAGACACGACGUGUGAAGACAUCUUCAAUGGCUAGUAAGUAUGUCACUUAUGUAAAAUGAUUGGUUGUAGCUGCAUCUAAUCAUGCAUCUUUCUUCAUGUAAUCUUAUUCUAAACGGAUUUCGAUCGUCUUCCUGGAAGUUUAGGUCUUAUCCUUCUAGGUAUGAAACAAAUUUUAGUUAGGGAGUGUGGUGCGUCGCAUGCAGUACAUGCAUAUGUGUAUAUAUAUCUAUAUCCUUUGUUUUCUAGAAGUGAAAAAGUAGUUGAAAUUAUCCAUGUUUUAUUCUGGUCCAAAUCUACAAUGUAUAUGUUAUGUAUAAAAAGAUCAGCAUAAUUGAUCUUAGAUUGACAAAACUAUAAUAAACUUUUAUUUCAAUGGGGAGUGAUCAUACGUGCUAGCUAUUAUUGUUGGUUACACGGCUGUCAUAAGCAUAUCUUUUUGGUAGGAAAUUAAAGUUAUUUACAUAUAUUUGACUGUUUUGAUAAGGAUCUUGUUGACACCAAAAAAGCAAGGAGGAUCUUUACUAUCAAUCUGAUUAUACCUGCAAUGCUCUUGUGAAAAUUCUGGUAUAAUUUGCAAGUCUAAUGGCAGUGAAAAGCCCUUGAUUUUCCUAUAUAACAACACUAUGAAAUAGGUGGUUUGGGGUUGAACUUUUGGAAGUCUAAAUGCUGAAAAUAGGUUAUUGAUGCCUAUUAUUAAAGAAAAAAAGCUUUUUCAUUAAUCAUGGCCAAUCUCAAAAGAGUUCAGGAAAAUAUAAGGAAGACACGCACGGACACACAAAAUAUAAUAUGGAAGCAUUAUUUUAGUGUCAGAGAGUUAAAUCUAGUAAAAAAUGCAUCCUUCUUUGAGCUCAAAAAAAAAAAAAAAGAUGUUAACUGACAUGCAUACAAAUUUAAUUGGCAUCUGUCAGCAAUGCAUGUAACCUUCUUCUAACUCCCCCCCCCCCCCCCCAAAAAAAAAAAAUAUUCUAUUAAAAAAAAAUUCAAUGAUUUUAUAACCUGAAGCGCGUUAUUAUGGCAUCACUUGUGUGCUCAGUAAAACAAGAAAUUUGGACAACACAUGCAAUCCUACUGCAAAUGUGAUUGUCAUGUCUCCAUGAUAGAAUCUGUUGUUAACAGUGGCUUACUUUAACUGUAAUUAUGUCUAUCCUCUGGCUUUCAUCUUCGUGUUGUAUGCCAAUGUCAUGUAGGAUGGAAUAAGCAUUCUCAACGGUUGAAGCAAAUUGGAAAAGCUUUUUCAGUCAUUGCCACUGGAACUGCUGCCACUAGCCCUGGGGAAGUUCUGUCAUUUCUUAAUGUCCCUUCUUGUUAAACUCUUAUUUCAUGGUAAAGUACUUUGUGUCAAUUCUUACUGCAUAGAGGAUCUAUUUUGCUUUAUUUAAGCAGGUUCUUCUCAGUAUUAUGAACGUUAUUAUUCUUGAUCAGUGAUGUGACAGUGAACAUUGCUGUUAAGAACAAAGCUUUUGUUUUUCAAUUCUUCUGGGUUUUGGUUUGUAAUAGAUAGUGAGAAUAUUGUAAACUUAGUUAGCUCAACCUUAAUAAGAUUUUGAUCUUUACGUAA